AUGAAAUGCAACGGGAAAAGUCCAUUUGGAUUUCAAGAAAAAUUCACAGUUCAACGCAUACAGAACUACCCGCCGUUUCGUUUCAACGCACUUAAACGGCGGUCAUUCUGUCCUUCAAUUGCGUGUACACGUUGGCUCUGUUGUUGUUUCGUAAGUUGGUCUGUGAUCCCAACUGCUGUAGUAAACGUCAACGAAAUGUCAAGUCACCGGUUUUUAAGAAGAAGAAGAAGAAAGAAUUCAGUAUGUAAUUACUUAAUUUUGUAUAAGAAAACGCUAAAGAAGUAA